UUUCUUGUACCCAUUACUUUUCACGCAAAAAACGAUAAACCAUCACCGAUUUCUUGUAGCCAUUACUUUUCUUUUAGACUAGUCAUAGUGGAGAGUAACAUAGAGUAGUAACAUGCACAUGUUACUACUCUAUGUUACUACCUUCAUAGUGGGAAGUAACAUAUGUGUAGUGUCAUGCAAAGCCAUAUUAAUUAGGUUGUAGACUCAUAUAAUCUUGGAAAAUGUGAUGUUAUGGUAACAUAGCUCUAUGUUACUACCCAAGUUACUCCCACUAUGAGUAGUCUUAGGCAUUACUUUUCACCGUAAAAUGAUAAACUAGUCAACAUAGUCCGCAUUACUUUUUUUGUUGAGAUAUAUACCCCCACAACGGUCGUCUCCUCCUUAAUUUAUUGUGUAUAAACCCCCACAACGGUCAUCUCCUCCUUAUUUUAUUGUGUAAACCCCUACAACGGUCAUCUCUCCCUUAUAAACACCCACACGGCCAUCCCUUGUGUCAAUAGGUUCUGCCUCUCUCUUCUUCGUUCACAUACACUUUAUCCAUUGCCAUGGCUUCCACAUCUCGGACGCGGACCGGAAGGGGAAGGGGAAGGGGAAGGGGAAUGGGAAGUGGAUCAUCAUCAUUGCCACCACCACCGUCAACACUGCCAUUGAUCAUAGAGGAGUUCUUCAUCGUCGUCUAUGAAGACCCUUUGGUCAAGAAGGAACUCCCAAAAAAAUUUGCGGACUAUCUUGACGGCAAGGAGCCAGCUAAGGUGUAUCUGCGAGCAGCUGACUGCGGUCCUCGUCUCUGGACCGUGGAGGUCCUAUUUGACGGACAAGGCUGGAUGUACCUCGACAAGGGCUGGGAGAAAUUCGCCAUCGCGCACGGUGUGGAUUUCGGCUGGUUCGUACACUUCAAAUAUGAAGGCGAUGAUGUGCUCACAGUGAAGGUGUUUGACGGAACAAUGUGCAGGAGGUACUACUACUCAGACGACGACGAUACUGAUGAUGAAAGCGACGACGACACUUGGUUCUACCCCCAGCUGAGCUGCCAAUGUCAGUCCCCUGAUGAGUUUGAGGGGGUACGCGACUACUAG